AUGGCUGCGGAGGUGAAGACCCAACCCGCUGAACCACCCCGGGCGAGUCCAAAGGCUGAGCCAAAGGCUGCGAAGUCAGAGCACAAGCCAAUAAGCCAAGGGGUCGAAGGGCCCCAGAAAGAACCUGUGGUCCCAGGGAUCGUGGAUUUCAAGGUGGUUCGAGAGGAACUGAGGACCGCCAAGCCCGAAACCCCUAACACUUACCACUUCGGCCGCCUCAGCCACAACUCCUUCUUCUCCCGGCAUCAUCCCCACCCCCAUCGUGUGACCCACAUCAAAGAUCUCACCGGGAAGCCCGUCUGUGUCGUCAAGGACAGGUUCUCUCUGGCCUCCUUGCCUCAAACUGCAUUCCUCUCCCCGUCUCUGAUGGGGAUGCCUGCCCUCUUUCUCCCCAUUGGAGACCCACAGUCCAAUCGGGAUCCCCGGCUUAAGCCAGAGGCCUGGAAGAAGGAGUUGAAGGAACUGGCUUCCCAGGUGGUCAUCUUCAGCAAGGAGGAUGAGCCCAAGAACAAAGAGAGACAACAAGAGGAGGUGCCUCAGCGGGAGCAGGGUGCCAAGUACUCUGCAGAGACUGGGAGGCUCAUCCCUGCUUCCAUCCGAGCCCUUAGCAGCCGCCACUCCCACCAGGGCCAAGGGAACCACCCUUCAAGCAGAGAUGGCAUCCAGGCCUUCGUCCUGCAGGAUCAGGAGCUGCUGAUCUUGGAGCUCCUCUGUCAGAUCCUGCAAACAGAUUCGUUGAGUGCUAUCCAGUUCUGGCUCCUCUACGCUCCUCCCAAGGAAAAAGCGGUGGCGCUGGGGCUCCUGCAGACGGCAGUGGCUCAGCUCCUUCCCCAGGGUCUGGUCUCCAUCCCAACCGAAAAACUUCUAAACCAGCUCCAGGAUGUCCAGGAGCCAUCUCAGGAGAGGCCACAGCCAGCCUUCAGCCAAUCCCCAAAGAAGUCAAAGACACCGCCUCUUCCCAAAAGCGAAAAACCAGAGUGCAUCGGAAAAGCACAGGUUCUCCAAGUGCAUCCCAGCCAGAGCACAGAAGAGAAAGUGGCAGAGCCGAAGGCGGAGUGCUGA